AUGGAUCUCGCACAGCUAGUCACCAACUAUGCCCCUCCGUCACCUCGACGCACUUCAUAUUCUACUCAACAGUCACGGCGGCCGUGGGGAACUACUACCUCGUCAAACAUCAAAGCAACUCCUUCUCCAUACGCAACCGUCAUGGAGCUACCACCUUCUCCAGAGGCCGAGCCCGUUGUGAGAUACUCACUACCGCCUAUCUCAACUCUCUUCCAGGACAUCGAAAGCAUAUCUCCUCCUCAGUCAGCCAAACGACCAAAGUUUGAUGACUGGGAAGAGGAGAGAAAGUAUAGAAUGAUACUUCCUCCAACUCCUCCACAGCGACCAGAGUCCAGCUUUGAGGAAUCUCGACGCUCGCCCUCUGCUUCCAGCACCCCAACUUUGGUUGGGUCUUCCACCCUUACCAGCCCAGCUUCAGAUGCUCCCGAGCGUCCAACUUCCAGAACAACUUAUUCCAACCGCUCCUCCUUCUCAGAGACUCGUGAGGCUCGCUAUCCAUCACCAGCCAACUCAAACGUGGCUCGCUUUGCCUCCCCCGAACAAAAAGUCUCUUCGCCAGAGUUCUAUCCUGCCAGCGUCCCAAGUUUCAAGCCAGUUCCAGCUGCACAGCCACAACCACAGCAACCUGCCCAGCACCACCACCAUCAAAUGAUCAAUAUGGGAGAGAUGACUGGAACUACCACCUGGCAACACCAUCACUAUUUCCCUCCAUCAAACACUGCAGCCUACCCACUCAACCAUGACAGAUACAUCUGCCGCACCUGCAAUAAGGCCUUUUCUCGACCUUCCAGCCUCCGCAUUCACUCUCACAGCCACACUGGCGAAAAGCCAUUCCGUUGCCCUCGUCCAGGCUGUGGCAAGGCCUUCAGUGUACGCAGUAACAUGAAGCGCCACGAGAGGGGUUGCCACAGUGGCCGUGCUGCCCAGCGCGGCCCCCACGUCGGUUGA